AAUCCGUUGAGUCAUAUUGAUAAAAGACGAGAGAAAAUCGAUAAAAGGUAAAAAUUUUAUCAGUCUUUGCUUGUCAGAAUGGUUCUGGAAUCUACAGUUGUAUGCGUUGAUAACAGCGAAUGGAUGAGGAAUGGCGAUUUCCUUCCAACGAGGUUACAGGCACAACAAGAUGCCGUCAGCUUAGUUUGUCACUCGAAAACUAGACAAAACCCAGAAAAUAAUGUUGGUUUAAUGACUCUAGCAAGUCUUGAGGUACUAGUCACGUUAACAACAGAUGUUGGUAAAAUCCUGGCUUCUCUGCACAGAGUCCAAUCAAAAGGAGACAUCGUUGAUAACAGCGAAUGGAUGAGGAAUGGCGAUUUCCUUCCAACGAGGUUACAGGCACAACAAGAUGCCGUCAGCUUAGUUUGUCACUCGAAAACUAGACAAAACCCAGAAAAUAAUGUUGGUUUAAUGACUCUAGCAAGUCACAGCAGGGUGAAUCAUAUUGUCGUUCCCAGAGGCUGUGGUCCCUUUGGUCAGCACCAAGAAGCGCACUCUCUGGGGGUCCAAGACCAGAAUUCUNUUGAUCCUAAUUCUGAUCCUGAGCUUGCCCUGGCCCUCCGUGUGUCCAUGGAGGAGCAGCGGCAACGGCAGGAGGAAGAAGCGCGCAGGGUCACAGCAGCCAGCGGGGAGGAGGCUCCCACCCCUGAAGCUCCUAUCGCUGACAGCGAGGAGGCGAUGCUGCAGCAGGCGCUGUCCAUGUCUACUCCCCAGACGCCAGUGUUUGACUUCAGUGCUAUGACAGAGGAACAGCAGAUUGAGUAUGCCAUGAGGCUGUCACUGCAGAAUCUAGAGGCGGACGCUGAAGCCGAUGGGAGCAGCGAGAAGGAAACCGCAGAGAAACAGGACGAGAAGGAAGAACAGGCUGGAGCGAGCGCAAUGGAAACAGAUACACAGGGAGAUGACACUCAAGACAUCACUGGGGUCAUGUCCGAUCCGGACUUUAUCAAGAACGUCCUUAGCACGUUACCUGGCGUAGACCCCAGCAGCGAGGCCAUUCAAAAGGUCAUGGUGUCCCUCGCUCAGCAGGACAGUGACGAAAGCAAGGACCAAGAUGAGCCCAUGGACGAGGAGUCCAGCAAAGACAAGAAAAAAGACAAGAAAUAACGAAACAUUCUUUGUACAUACUUUUGCUUUUCGAGUAAACAUUGCAAAAAAUUAUAGAAUGGAGUAAUUUUCCUCAAGUCAGGUAAUGCAGAGGAUUUUUCGCCUUCUGCGCUAAAUAAAUUGUUUGAAAUGAAUGUAUUGUUUGAUAA